AUGGCAGGACUAUACGGUUUACUCUUCACAAAAUUGACUUUACCACCCGUAUCGGCCAUCGAAAACAAGACUAUCCUUAUCACCGGCGCUAAUACCGGCCUCGGUCGAGAAGCUGCUCGCCAUGCACUUGCCCUAGGGGCCGGCACGAUCAUCAUGGGCGUGCGCACCCCGAGCAAAGGCGAGGAGGCUAAAGCGAAUAUCGAAGCAAGUACUGGCUACACCGGCAAAGUUCUUGUCUGGCCCAUCGAUCUAGAGUCAUUCGACAGUGUCCAAGCGUUCGCAGCCAGAGCUCAGAAAUACGUUUCAGAUGGAGGCCGGCUGGAUAUGGCUAUUAUGAAUGCUGGCAUUGCAUCGGUCGAAUACGCGACUACCAGUGAUGGAUGGGAGAGAGGAAUACAGGUGAAUGUGCUGUCGACCACGCUACUCAGUCUGUCGCUUUUGCCGCUCCUCCUGCGCACGAGAGACCGAGAUCCCUCGGCCAGACCGCAUUUGGCUCUCCUCACUAGCGAUAUCCAUAAGUCGAUCAAGUUUCCCGAACGGUCUGCUGAUUCUAUUCUUUCUCUUCUGAACGGCGAGGAACAGUGGAAGAAAUCGCAAGCUAUUGGAGGAGCUACCGAGCGCUAUGGUGUCACAAAGCUGAUGGAUCUCUUUAUCACUAUGCAAAUUGCGGAAUUGGUACCUCGCGAUGGGCUUGGGGAGCCGCUCGUGAUUGUGAAUGCCGUGACCCCCGGAUUCUGCAAGUCGGAUCUUCUGACUAGGGAGAAGGCACCGUGGAUCCUAAAGCUGGUACAGGCUUUAAUUGCCAGGACGGUUGAGAAUGGCAGCAAAACUCUUCUGCAUGCCGUGACGCAAGGGGCGGAGACUCAUGGGAAGUGGUUGGAGAACCAGGCUAUUACAGAUCCUGGAACCAUCGUGACGAGCGAUGAAGCAGCAGUCGUGAGGAAGAAGGUAUGGGGGGAGAUCAUAUCUGUCUUGCGGAAUGUUGAUCCCAAGCUUCAAACUCAGUUCUGA